GGUCAAAACGCACCUUCUGGCAACCCAAAUAGCCUUAGGACAUUGCCACAGCGCACAAUCGCCAAUAUGGCCGUGUCAGAGGAGCCAAUUCCCCUCAGCAACUCGAACCAGGCCAGUCCUCUCGACCUCAUGGAAGAGGAGCCGGUGCAGGUCUUUCAUGAGACCGAGCGGUGGAAUUACCCUAGCUCCAAUACCUUCAAGACUAUCGCUACCUUCUGGGCUUUCUUUGUUAUGGGCAUGAAUGAUGCCGCUUAUGGGCCUCUAAUCCCAUAUCUUGAAUCAUAUUAUCAUCUAUCGUACACGGUGGUGUCUCUCGUCUUCUUCUCACCGUUAGUCGGCUACACGGCAGCUGCGUUUCUGAACAGCCGCAUUCACAGCAGAUUUGGUCGCCGGGGUGUGGCCUUAUUGUCGCCCAGCUGCCAUGUGAUUGCAUAUAUCAUCAAUUGCCUCCACCCUCCUUACCCCGUCCUGGUGGUCUCAUUUAUCUUUGCAGGGUUCGGAAAUGGACUAGGCGACGCCUCGUGGAAUGCCUGGAUAGGAAAUCUGACCAAUUCCAACCAGCUUCUGGGACUCCUCCACGGCUUCUACGGUGUCGGGGGUGUGAUCAGCCCUUUAAUCGCCACGUCGUUGAUCACGAAAGCCCAUCUCGAAUGGUACUACUACUAUUAUAUCCUGAUCCCCUGCGCGGCCACUGAACUGGUCUUCUGUCUCAUCACGUUCUGGGAUUCCUCGGCAGAGAAGACGCAAGACUCGCAGGCACAAGAGGAGAAGGCAGGACUUCGCGAAGUGCUCUUUUCCAAGUCCUACGCGCGUGUUACCUGGAUUUGCGCUAUCUUCCUGCUGGGCUAUGUCGGGAUCGAAGUGGCCCUAGGCGGUUGGAUCGUGGAUUACAUGAUACAAGUCCGGCAUGGUGCUUCCUUCGCCAGUGGUAUGACGGCAACCGGAUUCUGGCUCGGAAUCACCCUCGGACGCGUGGCGUUGGGAUUCGUGACUCCUCUCAUUGGCGAGAAGCUGGCAAUCAUUGUCUACUCCUGCUGUGCCAUCGCCGCUGGCCUCGUCCUUUGGCUGGUCCCGGACUUCUAUGCCUCCGCUGUGGCCGUCUCAUUGCAGGGCUUCUUCCUGGGCCCGUUUUUCCCUGCUGCGGUCGUGGUCGCGACCAAGCUCCUCCCCCGCCAUCUCCACGUCAGCGCCAUCGGGUUUGCUGCUGCCUUCGGCGGUGGCGGCGCUGCUAUCCUGCCAUUCGCGGUGGGUGCCAUUGCGCAGGCGCGCGGAGUCAAGGUGCUGCAGCCGUUCAUCAUCGGGCUCUCGGGCGGAAUUCUGUUGCUGUGGUUGGGACUACCCCGGAUGCCGAAGAAGAAUCAGGCUUGA